CGCGCCGUGCCGUGUCGUGCCGUACCGUGGCCGCGCGCGGCUUAUAAUCUCCUCGUCCAAUCCCCGUGGCUCGCACACACAAAAGUACAUACGGCGGAACAAAAAAAGAGAGAGAAAAUCGUUAUAGAAUAAUCAAGCACGUCGUGCGCUCGCGUUCGCUUUCGGCUGCCGGGGAGACACGCGCGCGGCAUCGUCUUUCUCGGGGCUUCUUCGCACAUAGCAUCUCGCCGCUCCUCGCGACGACGAGGACGAGGAUGCACCGUCGUCGUCCGGACAUAUGAAGACGUCGCGUCGCGCCGGGGCGGUGAGGCGACGCGCGUUCUAGCCGUCGUUACGUGACGGGACGAGGGAAAAGAAAAGAGAAAAGAGCGCCGACGUCGUCACGCUCUUACUCUCGCCGAAUACCGCAUCCAGGCUUGAUUUAGCUUCCCUUCUCCUUUUUGAAAUGGGUACGGCGGCACGCGAUUUCGAGCAGCGCGAUCGGCAAGCAGAUCAUCGGCCCAUGGUGUUCCAGUGCCGGAUUUGUGCGGCCAACAUCACCGCCGGCAACGACGGGGUGCACAUUUUCGCCGAGGACGGCCGGCGUCAUUACCUGCAAACGAAGAUACGGAAAUAUCUGUACAUCCUGGUAUCAUCAGAGGAUAAAUUUUCAAAGAUGGUUUGUUCUGUAUGCAUUAAGAGAUUGGAGGGUAUCCAUCGUUUUGCUAUGAUGGCAUACCGUACCCAGGAAAAACUGAGAUCACAAUUCUAUGAUAACGUUGACAAUACAAAUCCUGUACAAGAUGAAGAGAUACAGAGUAUUAAAGAUAUGCAAGAUAUUCCAAGGAGAAUAGAAGACCGAGGAUUAUUGCACUCAAUAUUGACAAAAGGUGCAAUAGAAAUUUUAACAGAGGAUGAGCCACUGGGACCAUCAGAGUUAAAUUCUCAAGAGGAGAAACGUCAUACCCCAAGCAUGGAGGAAAUGGAGGUGAAAGUGGAUCCAAUGUUAUUUUUACAAUGCGGUAUGGAGCACUCUGCAUCAGAAACUUCAGACUCAUCGGACAACGAGGAAGAAAUAAUCAGAACACAUUCACCGGAGCCACUAUCGUUAACAAAAAAACAUACUGAAGCGGAGGUAGAGACGGAAGAAAAGAAAGAUGAAAGUGAGACCAAAUUGCACGAGGACAAUGGAAGAACUGUGUCUAAUACGGUGAAACCGCACGAAUGUACAAUAUGCGCUCGAUCCUUCAUAUCGCAAAUCGGUUUACAGAAUCACCUGUGGUCACACUUACCCCGGGAGAGAAAAUUCGACGGGAAGCCUAUUCUACGCUCUCAACACGUUUACUCCACGAACGGUGUACUUCACACGAACGGUGAUAACAAUACGUCCAGCAACUUCAUCUGUCCAAUCUGCAGUAAAAAAAUCUCUACGAAGGGAAAUUUGAAAGUUCAUUUAGAAACGCACAGGCCUAAAGGAAAGUACGGCUGCGACAUAUGUGGAAGAAUUUUCAAGACACAGUCGAAUUUGUUUAGACACAAGGAGUACCAUGGUGGCGUACAAUUUCCGUGCAACGUAUGUGGUAGAGUUUACCCGACGAAUUCGACGUUACGUGCCCACAGCAUAACGCAUUCAGACUUGAGACCGCACGCGUGUCCACUUUGUGAUAAGACGUUCAAGCGUAACCAGGAUCUGAAAUUUCACAUAAAUCAGCAUACGGGUGCGAGGCCUUAUCAGUGUCCUUACUGUCCGAAAGCUUUCGCAAGCUCCGGAAACUGUUUUUCGCAUCGUAAAAGAAUGCAUCCGCGGGAGGUGCAUCGCGAUCGGCAAAGAGCGGCCGAUUUAAUGAGAUGAACCAUGGGCAGUCAAUACGAGGACUGGUCUUAGAAUUUGAAUAACUGUUCUGUCUAUCGCAGAUAUGAUCGUGUCGAUCGUGUAUUAGUUAUCAUAUGAGAACACAAAUCUUAUUUCCAGAGAGUGAAACGGUGCUAACAGACGAACGGGAGAUUUUGUAUACUUUAUUGUUCUUAUCUUAUUUACAUUUUUAGCUUUAAGUACGUUGUUGUUGGUAUUGUAUACUUUGUUAGUUAUUUAUUGGAUAAACGUAUAUAUUUAUACUGUCCGAUAGGGAUGUUCAUUAGCGCAAGAUGUUGGAAAACUUCCAUCGUUGUUUGGUAAGCUUAGCGAUGAAGCUUUACUGCAACGUGUAAAUAAGACGAAUGGAGUAAGUUUAAAAUUUCAUAGCCAGAUUCUGAAUAUCGGUAGCCCUAGUGUUAUUUUUGAAAUGUAUUAAUGCAAUUCGUCCCUGUUACCUUAUUAGUAAAAGGUAAAAAAUUCUUAGAUAUUUUUAAGAAUAUAAGAUAAUUUUGUUGCAUAUGCUGAAUUUUGCACAUUUAAAUUAGACAUUUUCUCUCCUGUAUAUUUUAGCAUGUUUUAUUUUUGUGAUAAAAUGUACUCACACUGCCAUUUUACGCCGAGAUUAUUUUAUUGUUAAUAUAAUGUCAAUAUAGACGGAGAAAUGAUAUUGAUUUAUAAUUUACGUCCUUAUGUUUUAUAGAAAAAGUGUUAUUUUUUAUAUUUAAUAAGAAAAUAUUGUAUAAUUAAGUGUGCAUCAUCUGUCAGUACACGAAGUUAACUUGAUGACUCUGUGAUAAUUGUUUAGUAACUGGCCGUUUUAUACUGGUUAUGAAAUUUGCAACUUACCAUGUGUGCUAAGCUAACAUACAAUAGGGAUAUUGUAUGUAUGUAUGAGCGUAGAUAUGAUCUAUAUAGGAUUUGAACGGCGAAAAAGAAAAUUCUAAAAGAAAGAUGUUAUUUUAUUCACACCGAUCAGGAAGAUAUUCCAUAGGGAAAUUUAUACGAGACAUUGUAUAUCGACCAAAAACAGGGGGAAAAAGCAGGAGAGAUUGCGAAAAGAAGAAAAAGAAGUUUUGUAGUCUGACAUAUUUUUAGCACAAUACGAACAUUAUCAUAACUAUUAAGACUGUAUACGAGAAUUAUGUGUCAAAUUAGAUAGUUAACUUUAAGGGAAGAUGACGUAUCGACGAGCGGGAUUGAAUGUCGCGUCGUACAUAAACGAGUCUAGUCGAUGCAGUAUUAAUUAUUGAUAAGCGACGUAGACGCCGUAGUCGAUAUUACAAAUAUACAAUUGUGACGUUAUUCUUAUAAACGAGAUACACAAGGUAAAUGUUAAACCGAAGUCUGAGUAGCUUUAGGAAGGAUGUAGUUAAGUUAGUUAGUUUGUGUAACGUAGAUCAUAGUCCGUGCUUCCGUAUAACGCAUACAUUCACACACGCGUCAAACAUCGUAAACGAGGCGCAAGCAAAGAGAAAGAGAGAAAGAGAAAGGGAGAUAAUAUUUCGUUGCAAAUAAGCCAGAGAAACCAGAAAAGUACACAUGUAACUAAGGCAAAGAAUAAUUUCCUGGUGAUGAAUAAACAAUAAGAUGUUUGAAGGAUGGCUUAAUGGACCAUGUGUACACACAACCGAUAGAACUUAUUUUAUAGAAUAGGAUUAUUUUAUCGAUAUAGAAAUUACUUCGAUUUAUCGCGAUUUUUUUUUCAGAAGAAAUUGAUGUGCGGUUAAAACAGAUGAAUGCUUUGAUAAAACGAUGGAUGCAACGACAUUCAAGAAAGGAUUGCGAUAGCGAAAAAUAAACGAAAACGUGAAUACGUCGAGCUAUUUGUCGAGCGAACAUCUUUGCGUUUGUGUAAGUGUGUAAUGGUCAGUACCACCAUAAACAAUAAGUAGCGUGUACUAUGUAACGCAGAAACGAAACCCGAAUGUGUAUAACCAACAUUAUUACCACAUUAUUAGCGCAUAGAGAUACAAACGUGUAUUUUGCGAUUACGUUUUUUCCGGACCGCUUGCUGACAUAUAAUUAUAUAUGUAUAUAUACGCUUAUGUGUAUAUAUGUAUAUGUAUGUGUGUAUAUAUAUAUAUAUAUAUAUAUAUACAUAGGAAUAGGCAACAAUAAAUAAUGGUAUAAUAUAUAUAGAUAUACACGCCAAAAAAUAAUCAAUUUUUGACAGAAAGGGCAUCCGAGGCGAUCCAAUAUAUUCGCGGCUCAAUCGUCAUUCUUGCGUUCUAGACCUUAGAGAAUCAAAAAUUGAGUAUUUUUCUAAAGCCGACACCAAGUAACAGCUGGUAAAGCUCGAUACUAGUGAUUAACGAUACUUCAGAAGUGCCAGUAACAUAACGCAGAAAAUUAACGUAUUAGCGUAUUCACAACUGACAAAUACCGGAGAAUCAUUUGUAGAGUUAGUACGGAAUACAUACACGCGCACGCACGCGCGCACACAUACACACACACACACACACACACAUGCGUGUGCGCGUGCGCACGCACCACGCAUCUGUGACUUAUAUAUAAAAAUAAAUUCGUUGUGUAAAAAACGAGUUGACAAUUUCCUGCGCUCACGCUCGUGUGUAAAAUCAAUCCACCUUUAUGGAAAAAAACAUUCAAAUAUCGAGUCUUUACACUCAAUUGUUCGAAUUUACUCUCAAAUGUGGGUAAAUAUACAUUCAAAUUUAAGAAUAAAUUCGAACAAUUAAGUAUAAACAGUCAAUAUUUGAGUAUUUCUUCCGUAAGGGGCAAUUAAUGCAUGUUAUCGAUAACAAAGAAACAAUGACUAACUAUGAGUAAUAAAAAUGACGCAACUUUAAAGUACAAGGUUGACAACUCACGAUGGAAUGGUACAAGCCUUUAUAAACGUAUUAUAAACGUAUUUAUCGGCAUUACAGGAAAAUAAACGAUAUAUACUACUGGA